GUCCUUGAAGUUCUUCUUGAAGUUCUUCUUGAGGUUCUUGAAGUUCUUCUUGAGGUUCUUGAAGUUCUUCUUGAGGUUCUUGAAGUUCUUCUUGAAGUUCUUCUUUAGGUUCUUGAAGUUCUUCUUGAGGUUCUUGAAGUUCUUCUUGAAGUUCUUCUUGAGGUUCUUGAAGUUCUUCUUGAAGUUCUUCUUGAGGUUAUUGAAGUUCUUCUUUAGGUUCUUGAAGUUCUUCUUCAGGUUCUUGAAGUUCUUCUUGAGGUUCUUGAAGUUCUUCUUGAAGUUCUUCUUCAGGUUCUUGAAGUUCUUCUUGAGGUUCUUGAAGUUCUUCUUGAGGUUCUUGAAGUUCUUCUUGAGGUUAUUGAAGUUCUUCUUGAGGUUAUUGAAGUUCUUCUUCAGGUUCUUGAAGUUCUUAUUCUCUUCCGAGUUCUUCAACAUCAAGGUCUUCUUCAAUUCUCCAUCUUCGUAA